GGUACUUACCUUGUGCUGCAGCUGCGCAUGUGCGGAUGUAGCUGAAACUUUGCGAAGUUUCGGAGAUCCUCGGGUUCGAGCCCUCAGCAUCGGAGAGAAGUUUGGAGUUACUCCGUGGGUCUGAACAUGGCUUUGCUGUGGUCGCCGGCGAAUAACGGCAGCAGCAGCCAGAACGACAGCAGCUGCUCCCGCGCCACGGAUGAGAGCGCCAUCCUGCGAGAUGCUAGCUUCGGCGGCAUUCCCGUUGUGCUUCUGCUGGACUUCAUAGCCUUCGUGGUGCUGCUGCUUAUCUUCUCCUUCAUCAGGAAGAAAGUUUGGGAUUAUGGGAGGCUUGCACUGGUGUCGGAAAGCAACGGGCUACGUGGCAAGACCCACCUCUACAGCCGCACCUCAUCCAACAUGUCCACCAUAGAGGAGUAUGACAUGGGGUUCUGCAGCUGGGUGCCAUUUGUCCUUCGGAUGGACAAGGAGAUGAUCGAGGAGAGAUGUGGCAUCGAUGCCGUGCAUUACCUGUCCUUCCAGCGCCACCUGAUUGUCUUGCUGGUUAUCAUCUGUGUGGGGUCUGUCAGUGUCAUCCUACCUGUCAACAUGUCUGGGAACCUCAUGGGAGACGACCCCAAAAACUUUGGAAGAACAACCAUUGGUAAUCUGCAGAAGGAUAACGACCUGCUCUGGCUGCACACCCUGUUUGCCGUGCUGUACCUCAUUAUUACUGUGGUCGUGUUGAGACACCACACUUCCCAGAUGAAGGACUUUCACAAGGAGACUGCCAAGACGACUCUUCUAGUCUGUUCCCUGCCCAGAAAGGCCAGUGUGGACCAAAUCAAAAUGCACUUCAGUGAGGCAUAUCCCACCUGCCGAGUGCUGCAGGUGAGCCUGUGCUACGACGUGGCCAAGCUCAUCGCCCACGCCAAGGAGAGAGAGCGUUUACAGAGAAACUUGCAGUAUUACCAGAAGAUUCUGGAGAGGGAGGGCAGGCGGGAGUCCAUCAGCCCCCACCCCUGUGGAUACCUGUGCUGCUGCCGCUGCUGCUGUGAGAUGGUGGACGCCAUUGACUACUACAGCUCCCAGGAGUCCAGCAUGAAACAGGCUGAGGAACAUCUGCGGGAGGAGGUCCCACAGCGCCCCCUAGGCAUGGCCUUCAUCACUUUGGAGACUGAGAGCAUGGCUACCUACAUCCUCAGGGAUUUUAAUGCCCUGGACUGCGUAGGUGACGGAGCCGCCGGCAGGGUGACGCGCUGCGGAUGUGGCCGGCAGCCCCAGCCCUCUUCUGACAGCGCGGCGUUGAGAGUGACCAGUUGGAGGAUGAGCUACGCCCCUCGGCCCAGCAACAUCUACUGGGAGAACCUGUCCGUGGUCGGCGCACGCUGGUGGCUCCGCUGUCUCUUUUUAAACUUUUUCCUCUUCAUACUGCUCUUCUUCCUCACUACCCCGUCCAUCAUCAUCACCACCAUAGAUAAGUUCAACGUUACAAGACCUAUCUACUAUCUCAAUAACGCCAUCAUCAGCCAGUUCCUUCCCACCCUGCUGCUCUGGUGCUUCUCGGCUCUACUUCCCACGCUGGUGUACUACUCCACCCUGGGAGAGGCCCACUGGACCAGGUCCGGUGAGAACAUGAGCAUGAUGCACAAGCUGUACAUGUUCCUGCUCUUCAUGGUGCUGAUCCUGCCGUCACUGGGCCUGACCAGUCUCUGCACAGGUUUCAUGGCCACCACGUCACUCUUCACCUUCGCCAUCCUCAUUGUCACCAUCUUCAUAUGCAUUGCAUAUACCUGCUUUGGACACUUCAAGUACCUGAGCCCACACAGCUACAAGAUAAAGGAAGCUGGUGAUGAUCCUGGAGACGAAGCCCCAGCCGUCCCGACAGAUUCGGUCUACCUUCCCAAAGUGCUUCAGGACACCCUACCCUCUGAGCCCCUCCCAGGGGACCCAGUCCAGAGGUCGUACGGGGCUCUGGAGAGCUCUGCACAUGGCACGGACCUUCAGGGAGUGUCGCCCACCUAAGCGAGGCAGCAGCGGAGGAUGGACUUCUGGAUGCUCAGGAAGAGCCAGCCUCCUGCCUUGAAGCUGAUCAGGGGAGGCCUGGACCAGGUCUUUGUACUGGGGGCCCUUUACCCCCCAACCCCCCUCCCCCAGAGGUCAGUAGUGCUUUGGGUUCACACACCAUCCUAAGGAUGGGACAUUUUUUUCACUUUCCAGCUUCAGACCUGAGCGUAAGCAUACAAAAUUCAAGUGGAGUUUUGUUUUUUUGCAUUUGUAUCUAAAAGCUCAUUUCUGCAUUUGAAUGGAAGCUGGUUUAGCCAGCCUAAGCCCAGGGGGAUAUUCAGUGUUGAGAGGUAAUCAAACAUUUAUAUUUAAAUUAAAGAAGUGUUAUUUUAAUAAUUUAAUGAUUUGGUGGUAUAAAAAUAAGAAUUUUGUACUUCAUUGUCUUUUCUAAUCAGUUUGUUUAGAAAUUAUAAUAAAUAAUAAUUAUCUGAA